CCGUUAAUUGAUUGUUGCUAAAGAUCAUUUUUCAUGUAAUGCUACUUUACGUGUCAUUCUAUCAAAUUUUCUCUAUAUUUUAGUAUAUUCUCAUAAAAGUUCAAAAAUGUGACUGGAAUUGUGCUUAAAUUCUCUUAAUUAUCUGAGUGAAUUAUAUAAUUGGACCACAUAAUUGAUAGAAGUGCACCUAGCUAGUAGUGAUAUUAGAGAAGCAUUUAGUUAAAAAAAAAAAAAGACUAUUAAAUGGAAAAAGUAUUUUUAGCAAUGAUAGUGACUAUAAUAGUAGUCACAAUAGUUGUCAAGUUGUUGAAAUGCAUUUUGAAGAGAAGUAAAAAGCUAGUGGUAACUCAACAUGUGGAAUCCCCAACCACUAAUGGUCUUUACAAGUUCACAAUUGUUGAAAUUGAGAAUGCUUUAAACAUUGGUAAUAUGAGAAGAAGAAAGUGGAUAGCACAUGGAAGAAGGGGAGAGUUUUAUCAAGGGAUAUUACCAAGUGGACAAAAUGUGGCUAUUAAAGAGAUGCACAAAACAAAAGAUGCAAUGGACUCUUUUACUAGGGAAGUUGAGUGUCUAUCAAGAGCUAGACAUCCAAUCAUUGUUUGUCUAUUGGGUUUUUGUAAUGAAGAUGGAAGACACUUUUUGGUUUAUGAACACUCUUCUGGUGGAAAUCUAGCACAAUAUUUAAUCAGAGAAGACACUAUUUUGAGUUGGGAUGUAAGAGUUAAAAUACUAAGGGACUGUGCAAGUGCAAUCACAUAUCUCCAUAAUUAUAUUGAUGGCAGCAUCAUUCAUUGCCACAUUAAGCUUAGUAGCAUUCUUUUGAAUGAGACAUUGGAAGCAAAAAUAUGUGGAUUUGGUCAAUCAAAAAUGCUAGGAAUGAAAGAAAGCAAAGUAGGAAUGGAAGAAAGCAAAGUAUUUGGAGAUGUUUUGGAAAAUGGAAUAUACACAGACCCUCAAUACAAAAAGAGUGGUUUACUCACUUGUGCAACUGACGUUUAUAGCUUUGGAGUUAUAAUGUUGCAAGUCCUAUCUGGAAUAAAAAUUCCUCACUUCGAUGAAGAUGCCAGACACAUAUUAUUAACAAAGGCAAAGAAUGUGAGUAGUGGAAAGCUUCCAAUGACGGAGUUUGAAGAUCCCAAAUUGAAAGGGAAACAAAUAAACGUUGAAGCAUUGAAAUCCAUAUUGCAAAUUGCAGUAAAUUGUGUGUCUGAAACAAGAGAAGAGCGCCCAACAAUAGACAAAGUUUAUGAGGAGCUGAACAACACUUGGAGGCUCAUGACCAAUAAUGGUUGGCCUAUUAAUGUUCCUCCUGGUCAUGUCUAGAACUUAAUUAAAUCAAAUUUUGCAUAAUUAUAUUACAAGGGGUUAUAAAUCUAUGUUUUCUAAGAUUUUAAUUAAAAGGGGGUUCGGAAAUAAGAGAUACUUACAAGCUUAUUUUUUGAAGUCAUUAAUCAUUACCCUCUUAGGUUUAUUUACCCUUUGUAAUCAAGAAAUGGACUACACACAUGUUGACUGACAAACUUUGUAUAUAUGUCAUAAUGUUUUAAUUAUUGUAAAAUUACUACAUAUGUAUGGUUUGUUUUUGAGUUUUACCUUUUUAUUUUUAUUAAUUUAAGUUGAUUGUCUCUUCAAUGUUAUAGGAAAACAGGCAUGACGCAAUGAUAUAAUACUUCGAUUUGAUAAAAAGAAGUCGAUAACUGCAUCAAGAUUAGUCCAAAAUUCCAUAAAUUAAUAAGAUGAUAAAAAGAAUAGAUAUAUUCAUAUCGAGUCAAUCGGAAGUGUUAGAGUUAUAAUAAAUAAUUUUAUCGAUUAUCUGUGUCAUAUGA